GAAGUCUAAAGGUGAGUUGUGCUUUCAGGAGCUCUGUGUCUCACAACUUACUAUACACGUCUUUAGAAAAUGAGUCUGCACCUGAAAAUGACUUCCUUCAUUUCCUUCGUUUGAGUCUUUCGCUUCCUUCUCAUGCCUUUUUUCUUCCUCUGGCCUUUGUUUCGCCUCUUUCACCUGCUUGCUAAAUGUGUAUUUUAUGUGCUGGCGUCUCUUUGGUGUUGCGUCUGUAGCCCCAUGAGGUGGGUUGCAAAGCGGAUUAAGUCAGAGCAAUCCGAGCCAGAGCAAUCCAAGUCUGACUCGCAAGAUCGCACGUGGACUCAGGCACACAGCCUCUUUGUGCUGACGGGUGGUUUUAUGCUCUAACAAGGUCGAAGGGGAAUACAAAUGACAAGGAUGGAUGACAAGAAGCUGAGACAUGCGUGUUUAUAUAUAUGGGAAAUAUAAAUGUUAUAAAAG